AUGACCAACUCCAAGAUCGUCCUUGCCGCUGCCCUCGUCGCUGGAGCUUCCGCCUUCGCUCCUGUCCAACAACAUGGAGUUUCCACCGCCUUGUUCAACGGACCCGUCAUCGGAGCCGGAGGUAUGGCCGAUACCCGUGAUCCCGAUGCCUUGCAACACGAUGAUCCACGCAAGUCGAUCUCUGCCGCUCCUUCGUUCGAGGAAUACUUGAAGAUGCGUGACGGUGGAGGUGCCGCCCCUGCUGCUGCCGCUCCUGCCCCAGCUGCUGCCCCAGCCGCCGUUGCUGCUCCAGCUGCUGCCGCCCCUGCCGCUGUUGGAGGCGGAGGAACCGUUUUCGACACCCUUGCCGGUCUUGAGGGACCUGGACAAGUCUGGGGAGCCGAAGGUAUUGCCGUCGGAAAGGAAGAAUCCGAACUUAAGGGAUACGACAACUUCGGAAAGUUCGUCGAACGUCUUCAAUCCACUGGUGUUGCGAACGAGCUUGCCGGAGCCGGUCCAUUCACCAUCUUCGCACCAGUCGACUCCGCCGUCGAAUCUUACGAGAAGAUGUUCGGACCCUUCGACGCCACCGUGUGCAAGAUGCACAUUGUUGUUGGAAAGGUCCCCACUUCCCAAGUUAGCUCUGCUCCUCUUACCACCCUUGCUGGAGAGACCUUGACUUACAAGCGUGCCGUCCGUAAGGAUUUCGUCAACGAUGUUGUCAUCGGAGAAAAGACCUUCGGACAAUUCAACGACUUCCCCGUCGAUGUUGAGUGCAGCAACGGACUUAUCCACGGAAUCUCUCUCUCCUUGGCUUCUUAA